GUCUCGAAAGUGACUCUUUCCCAUCUCACCUAACGCGAGUUGUUUAUUUUACAUCAAGACUUUAUUGCAAGCAAUCGUUUCGACGUAAAAGCUAUCGACAGACUCUGUUAAUUUCCUUCAAAAUCGUAGCUAUUUGGUGGCUUGGAGCGAGUGGCCUUUGUGCAAUUGACGUAUCCUUAUCAAGGAGACAUUAGACUUUACGUGCGCGAAGUCUCCAUCUGCUCUGCGCAGGUGCCAUUAGUUUUUAAAGAGUUGCUUAUCCAGUUCCACCUCCUCUCUGAGGUAAAACAGUGAUCUGCGGCUCUACGCUUUCUCGUCUUUUCCAGACUGUGGCACCUCGGGGGUUGCGACUUGCACAUGAGAACAGUAGAAACCGUAGGGUUUAUUCUCCUCCAUCAGUACGUAAGACGCACAAGUGCUCCUCAUUGCUUAUUCAGGGAUUCGGCUGACAGUUGCUGCUAGAAUAUUCAUUUUUCUCUCAACAAUUCAGAGGUUUCCAAAAGUUCGCUGCUUCUGACUCAAUUGGGAGACAAAGCUGCGAUUAUUUCGAACAGUUCCUAGCCUGGCGAUUUUAGACCAUUUUCUCUGGCCUUGGAAUUCAAUAGUUACUUUUCCGCGUUGAGCGACCAAGGGAAUCCAUAUUUGAGGUACUUUACACAAGAGUGAAUGCACUCUUAGCUUGUGAUUUGAUGAACAUCUGAGAAUUACUCAUCACCUACUCAUCCUUGUAACUCUUGAAAACUCGAAUCUAUUUUCGAGGUUCUACAGAUCGAAUUCAUAGAGCCAGAUCGGACUGUUAUUGGUAGCUGAUUCGCAGUGAUGACUUGGUUUACAAGUGAACAGUUGAAAUUGUCUUCCUUCGGUCCCCUUCGAGUCAUUUUGACCUCCACUUACGUGUUCACGUAGCUCGCGUUGCCGUGCAGUUAUAACAGCUGAAUGCCAAACCAGAAUCCUUCCAUUAGAAGGAUUGAAAUAACAAUUACAGGGCACACCUUGUAGCAGCAUAAAGCUACAGAAAAUGAAUAAUUAUACUGAUCACGAACCAUAGCAUCUAGCAGCAUUUGGCACUUCGAUUUUGUUAGUAAAAAUCUUGUCGCAUAUCAAACGAUAUUAUCGGUUUACAGUUGACUGUCAAGGCAGCAAAAAAAGAGGUUACAACUGUUGAUCAAACAUGAAACCUCGUGAAACUCCUCUCGUACCUUCAAUCUCUAGAUAAUUCUUGUCCUGGAACGCUAAUGUUGAUUUCACUACUGAAAGCGUAGUGAGAGAAGGAUCCUCCAAUCGGUAAAGCCUGCGGAAGAUGCAGUGAUACUCUUAACCAAACCACCGUGUAACUUGCGUGAUUUGACCUACCAUUGUUUUCAAGUCACACUAACGACGCAGAUCAAAAAUUCUAGUUGUAGGCAGGAGAUUUGAAACGUGGGUACUCAGUUUCGAGAUGGUCAAGAACUGGAUUAUAGAUAAUCACUUCUGCGAGUGUAGUUUCGUUGUACUACUAGUAUGUAUGUUCUGGCAUUGACCUGCGUCAUUUGUAACGGAUAUCUUCAGUCCGCUGAGCACAAUUUGUAUGCAUCUCCAUCAUUGCCUUCUGAGGUUGCCUGAAAAUGCUAAACGUGGUACCGGACUUAACAUUUGACAGAAAAGUAAGCCAGUGUCAUGGACUACCCCGACGUUGUUGAAUUCUCAACGUCAAAAACUUUCUGGAACUCCGAGGAUGCCCUCCUUGAUUCCUUCUACAAACCUCUAGCCUCCACAAUGGCUUCGAUGGAAGGCUCGUGCUGUUCAACGUUACUAUUCCCAUCAACUAGCUCGACAUGCGACAAUGGAGGCAAUAAUAAAGUGUUUAAAAGACCGUAUCAACAGACCAUCCUUGACGAGAAAUUUGAAGGUGGCGCGGAAUCAAGAGGAAUAUCUGAGUCAUGCUGUGCGAAUGCUUCAGCUGGUAGUGUGGUCGACACUUCUCAAUGUUCGUGGAUUUCGGGGUCGCCACUAUUUCAUGGCGCUGAAGGGGUGAGAUCGGAAAACUGCUGUGGAAAACCCUAGUGCUUUUGCAGAAGAUCAAUCUGCUUGCUUCCAUCUAUAAAACUUGUCCAUGUAACCUGUCUUCUUGAUUCUGAGGUCGUCACGAACUCAUAUGCGUCGACUAGUUUCCAGUUUAGCUGCUCAAUAUCAAUUUGAAAAAACGUUGGAACUUCACAGAGCCAUUAGUCAUGAUUUUUAUGAUACUUGAAAUCACCGACUCAUAUAUGCACAGAAGCAUAAGGCACUGAAUGCGGUAAUCAUUGAGAAGUUCUUCAGAUUAUUAGAUGUUUUAUUUUCUAAAUCAAGUUUCUUCUAAUUGUGCACGUUGGCUCUUGCCAGAUGCAGUUUUGCGAGAUUUUUGACAACGCCGGUCUUAGGGUUCAAUUCCAUCACCGUGACGUUAGUCAUACACAAGACCAACUCGGAGCUUUCAAUUCGUCUGCCCAUGUUGGUUCCGAUUCCUCUAUACCUCGAGAUUUUGACCAUGACUUUGAUUCUCAGGCAUUCCACAACCCCCUUAUGCAACAAUCCAGUUUCCGACAUCCUGAAUUUGACCUCCAAUUAGUAACGAAGCAACGCAAUGCCAAAGCUUCUUGGCUAUCGCCCAGAUUCCAUGCGAGCAUGUCCUUGGACUUGAGGGAAAUGCCUCACAACAAGCAUCCAGGUUCACAAUGCAGCACCACAGCAGGAUUUACCAAGGUCCUGCAUGGUGCGGAGCCAGCCUCUAGUGAUCACAACAUGGAAAGUUUUGGUCGAUUGACAAUUGCAGCCAGCGAUGAGAGCAAGAACAUUAAGUCCCACGAAGCAAAUGCCCCAAGUGAGGGAGCCACUCCAUCUGUCUCGGGAAUGCAUGAAGGAAGUGGCAUCAUGCACAAUUUGGAGCCUAAACGAAAGAGGUCUAAAACCCAGAAACACGGAGAUGAAGUGGAGAGCCAACGGAUGACACACAUUGCUGUAGAAAGGAACCGCAGGAAGCAGAUGAACGAGCAUUUGACUGCUCUUCGUGCUCUCAUGCCAGGUUACUUCAUCCAGAAGGGCGAUCAAGCAUCCAUCAUUGGGGGAGCCAUUGAAUUCGUCAGGGAACUCGAGCACCUACUGCAUUGCCUUCAAGCACAAAAGCGACAGCGAGCGCAGAGCGACAUUUCAAACCUCGGGAACCCUUCGAUUUGUCCACCAGCAAUGCCAAGCCUUGAUCAACUUCAUCGGACACUGCCCCCUCUGUCAUUCAUCAAUUCCCAGGGAGUGUCCACAGACACCCACAGCAGCAGCAACACCACACGAAACUCACACAACUCGAGGUUCUACUCACCUCACCGGCUACCAGUGUCGCCAACCCUUCUUCCAGCACCCCCAUCAAGCCCCACACUGGACACGAAAUCAUGGGGGAGGCGAAGUCGGACCAGGCGAGCGUGAAUGUGAAGAUGGUGAGAAUCGACCAAGCCCUG